AUGUCCAACACGGGACUCGGACAGCUGCCAUUAGGCUCAAGCGAAAUGCUAAGAAUCUACGUAAGUAGGCCACGAGUGAGGCCGCUACAUUGCAAAUCCCGAACAGUCAUGGCAGCGGAGCAGAAAGUCAGAGUGCCAGAGCAGCGUCACAGGCAAGAAUUGAUCCUGGACAUUGCCAUUUUCAUUGCAAACCAAAUGAUAUUUCGAUCUCUCGAUUGCACAAACGCCUCCACCUGUGCCAUCCCCGCAGUGGUAACAGCUGCUCGCGUCUUCUUUGUCGCUUGCAACACACUACUGCUGGUGGCCUUCUCUGGUCAGUUGAAAACUGCUCGCUCUUUGCCCCAGAACCCUGCAGUUUUGCAGGACCUGACGAAUUCGACCGUGCCGCUGCCCAUUUUGUUGCACCACUUGCGCGGCUCAAUUCUUUCAGGAUAUUGA